CCAGGCCCGGCCGCCGCGGCGCCGAGGCCCGCCCUCGUGGGCCCCCGCUCCCGGCCGUCCACGCCCCGCCCCUCUCGGAAGCCUCCGCCCGGAGCAGAGCUGGUCCUUCCCCACGUGGGAAGCCGGCCGUGAGCUCCUCGGAGCGACCAGGCGGCAGGUCUCCGGUGGGCUCGGCGUCGGACCCCCGCUCCUGCCCGGCAUGAACCGCUACCUCCUACCGCUGUCUGUGCUCGGCACGGCGGUGGGUGGCGCCGUGCUGCUCCGAGACUACAUUGCGGGCGGGGCCUGUCCCAGCAAGGCCACCAUUCCUGGGAAGACCGUCAUUGUGACUGGCGCCAAUACAGGCAUUGGGAAGCAGACGGCCUUGGAGCUGGCCAGAAGAGGAGGCAACAUCAUUCUGGCCUGUCGAGAUAUGGAGAAGUGUGAGGCAGCGGCAAAGGAGAUUCGUGGGGAAACCCUUAAUCACCGUGUCAGUGCCUGGCACCUGGACUUGGCCUCUCUCAAGUCCAUCCGAGAGUUUGCAGCGAAGAUCAUUGAAGAGGAGGAGCAAGUUCAUAUCCUGGUCAACAACGCGGCCGUGAUGCGGUGCCCCCACUGGACCACCAAGGACGGCUUUGAGAUGCAGUUUGGUGUUAACCACUUGGGUCACUUUCUCUUGACAAACUUGCUGCUGGACAAACUGAAAGCCUCAGCCCCUUCACGGAUCAUCAACCUCUCAUCCUUGGCCCACGUUGCAGGACACAUAGACUUUGAUGACUUGAACUGGGAGAAGAGGAAGUAUGACACCAAAGCGGCUUAUUGCCAGAGUAAGCUGGCCGUCAUCCUCUUUACCAAGGAGCUGAGCCGGCGGCUGCAGGGCACAGGCGUGACUGUCAAUGCACUGCACCCUGGCGUGGCCAGGACAGAGCUGGGCAGACACACAGGCAUGCACAGCUCUGCCUUCUCCAGUUUCACACUCGGGCCCAUCUUCUGGCUGUUGGUCAAGAGCCCCCAGCUGGCAGCCCAGCCCAGCACGUACCUGGCCGUGGCAGAGGAAUUGGAGGGUGUUUCUGGAAAGUACUUUGAUGGACUCAAAGAGAAGGCUCCAGCCCCGGAAGCUGAGGAUGAAGAGGUAGCCCAGAGGCUUUGGGCUGAAAGUGCCCGCUUGGUGGGCUUGGAGAUGUCAGGUGUUUCCUCAGUGAGGGGGCAGCCCCUCCCUAAAUAAUCUCAGGGAGCAGGUGUGAAAACCACGUGGGAGGCGGAGUACCAGGAUGGAGCCGCAAGGCCAACCCAAGCUGGCUGCUCUGUCUGCAGCGUCCUCUGGGUGGCAGUGUUGCCCACGGAACGCUGACCGAGAUGCCCACGUCACCCUCUAGGUGGCAGUGUAGUUUGUGCGAGCCUCAAGACUACUGCUGUCAUGCCCAGAGGGUCCUCUAGGAGGCAGUAUUGCCCAAAGAACGCUGGUUGCCAUGCCCACGUCACGCUGGUAGGGAUCAGUAGCUGCCCUUUUCUUCUCAGGCAGUGGCAGGUGCGCAUCUGGCCGUCAGACACCUGCCUUGAGCGUGGAACUGGGAAUCGCUGAGGGAGGAGGCCGCUCCGGUGUGGCCGUGUCAGGAGGGCCACUGGUGGCCACGGUGCAGACCUGUGUGGCCAUUGGGAAAGUUGUCUGCCAGACCCAGUCAGGUUCAUGGUUCCCUGUGGGACCGUGCACACCCUCAGUCGCCUCUCUGAGCCUCGGUUUCUCCCACUGUGAAUGUGCAGAAUAACCUGACUACCUCACAGGACAGCAUGGUGAUGAAUGAGUUGUCGCCUGGCUGGAUCAGUGGCAGCUGUGCGUUCCUUGCUGCUGAAUGUUCACUUACAUGUGCCAUACCCUGGCCGAGCUGCCGGAACACCCCUGAGGACAGGCCCGCACAGAUGCCAGUCCUCGGGACAGCUGUGCGGCUUGGGUGACAGAAAUGGGGCUGGCACUCAGCUCCUGCACAGACCUGGGGCGGGGUGGGGGGGGGAGGGCCUGCCAAAAAGCUCAGUAAUCAAGAUACAAAUACUUUAACAUUAAAAAACCCGUACCAUUUGAGAUACUUGUGGACGCCAGGGAUACUGUUCCAUGUCCUAGGGUAUGCAGUUCAGCAGCAAAUGGCCCUUCCCCAAAAUGGCCCUUCCCCAAAUGCCAAAAGUGCCGAGGAAGGGGAGUUGAAGACGGCUCAAAGCUUUAUAAAUACACUUUUCUUUUUGCUACCACAUCAGACCACAACAGCCAAAGGAUAUGUUUGGGAUGAACAGACUCGGGUGGGCACCUUCCAGCCUGGAGCCCAACGAUCCCACCUCCCCCUCUCCAUGCCUUCUGACCUCCAACUGUGGGCAGGACCCAACCACUCACUUCCAGUGAAAAGAACAGAGUGAAGCUGACGGAAUGUCUGAUUCUGGGAUUAGGUUACUGCCGGGCAUCUGUACUGCUAGCAUGUACUGCCUUGUUGCAAUAGUGCUGUGAGCCACCCUCUGGGGGGCCCGAGAGCUGGGGCAGCCAGGAGGUGAGAACCCCUGGAGCCUGUCCACCACAGGGAUACACAUACAUGCACAGCACACAUACAUAGAUCACAUGCAUGUGCAUAUCCUUAUACAAUGUGUGCAUUUCUUACUGUGGGAUCAGGGAAAAACUAGUUUGAGAAAUACUUCUACUGAUAGUACAGUAGUCUGAGAGUAACCUCGAAACCUCUGGUUCUCUAAAUAUGUAUAGGAUUCAUCUGGAGGGACACCUGGGUGGCUCAGUGGUUGAAUGUCUGCCAGGACCCUGAGAUCGAGUCCCACAUCAGGCUCCCUGUGAGGAGCCUGCUUCUCCCUCUGCCUAUGUCUUUGCCUCUCUCUGUGUAU